AUGGAGGGGCCGGCGGAGCUCAGCACCGAAGCCGUGCUGCGCUUCCUCUCGGAGCGCGGGGGUCGGGCCCGGCACGCCGAGCUGGUGCAGCACUUCAGGGGUGCCCUGGGCGGCGAGCCCGAGCAGCGCACCCGCGCCCGCGCCCUUUUCAAGGAGCUGGUCAAUGCGGUGGCCACGGUGCGCACCGACCCUGCCGACGGCUCUAAGUACGUGCACCUUAAGAAGAGGUUCUUGGAGGGGGCCCCACCGUCCGAAGCCGUGCCCCUACGGGACCUGCCCAGCAUCUCGGUGACUCCAGAGCCCGAGUCCAGCAGCUGCGCCCCUGGGGCGCCCGACGGCCUGGUCGAGACCCGGGAGAGCGGCCUGUGCGCAGAGGCGGCGUCCCCCGAGGCGUCCCCAAGUCCGCGUUGCGAGCCGAGCGAUGGGGAGCCCCCGGCCGCAGCGCUUGGGCAGCCAAGCCCGGCCGGCGAGAGCCGGAACGGGCCGCCCCUGAGCGGCGGUGCCCGGAGGAAAAACUCGCGGCGAGACAUGCAACCUCCCCCUCAGGGACCGGUCUCCGGGCCCAGCGAGGACCUGGCGCCCCCGCCCCACGGCUGCGGGGAAAUGGACUCGGGCAGCUCCCCCGGGGGGGUAACCACCCCAAGGUCUACCCGCCAGAACCUCCGGGACCUUGUGAUGGGCAGCUCCCCGCAGCUGAAGAGGAGCGUCUGUCCCGGGGGGAGCAGCCCGGGGAGCUCCUCUGGGGGAGUACGCGGCAAAGGCGGGGGCGACUCAGACAGCGCAUCAGUCGCUUCGUCGUCGGCAGAGGAGGAGAGCAGCGGCGGGGGUUCAGUGACGCUGGACCCUCUAGAACACGCCUGGAUGCUCUCAGCCUCUGACGGCAAGUGGGACAGCCUGGAAGGGUUGCUCACCUGCGAGCCCGGCCUGCUCGCCAAGCGAGACUUUAUCACCGGCUUCACCUGCCUGCACUGGGCCGCCAAGCACGGCAGGCAGGAGCUCCUGGCCAUGCUGGUCAACUUCGCUAACAAACACCAGCUGCCAGUGAACAUCAACGCCAGGACAAGCGGAGGCUACACUGCCCUGCACUUAGCUGCCAUGCACGGGCACGUGGAGGUGGUGAAGUUGCUGGUGGGGGCUUACGACGCAGACGUGGACAUCAGGGACUACAGUGGGAAAAAGGCCUCUCAGUACCUGAGUCAGAGCAUCGCGGAGGAAAUCAAGAACCUGGUGGGAGCCCUGGACGAGGACGAUGGAGAGAGUGCCACUGGCAGCGGGGGUGGGCGUUGGAGGCUUUCAAAGGUGCUCCCUUCACACCUCAUCACCUACAAACUCUCACAUGUCCUGGAGGAUGGAGGGGAUCAUCACCAUCACCACCACCACCACCACCACCACCACCACCACUUGACUGAGGGAUGGGCUGGAGCCAAAGCAAAGGAUCCAGGUCGCAAGGCCCCUGGCAGCUCUAGCGGACGAAUAAAACCCAGACUCAACAAAAUCCGCUUCCGCACCCAGAUCAUCCACACUACACCCUCUUUUAGAGACCCGGAGCAGCCACUGGAGGAGGGGGAGGAGGAAGAGGAGGAUCGGCCUCUUAAAGGCCACUCAUCCUCAUUCAAACUAAGGCCGAAGUCCAAUGUAUUUGGGUAA